AUGUCAGUAGAAGAAACAGACACCCAUGUGCAUCUCAAGCAUGCUUCUGGAAGCACUGCUUCGAUCCUCAAGUACGGCGCUACCGUAAUAUCAUGGAAAGAGGACGGAAUUGAACGUUUAUGGUUGUCGGAGGGUGCCAAAACCGACGGUUCCAAGCCGGUUCGUGGAGGUAUUCCGCUUGUAUUUCCUGUUUUUGGCAAGCAAACCGAUGAAAAACACCCUACUUACCCAUUGCCACAACACGGGUUUGCCCGGAAUUCUACAUGGGAGUUUUUGGGACAAACAACUGAAGAUCCAACUACGGUUCAAUUUGGAUUAGGACCGGAAAACGUUGAUCCGGAACUCUACAAGUUGUGGGCGAAUGGGUCCAAUGACUUCACGUUGAUCUUGACGGUUUCGCUUGGUUCUGGGCUGCUCAGGACGGAAAUUGAAGUGGAAAAUACCGGCAAACAACUGUUCGACUUUAACUGGUUGUUCCACACUUAUUACCGUAUUCCCGAUGUCACCGACACAUUGGUCACCAAUUUGGUGGAUUCCAGGUGCAACGACAAGCUUUUGAAGGAGGUUUAUGUGGAAAAAGCACCUAUGGUUAGCUUUCAUGAAGAGUUUGAUCGAGUGUACGAGAAGAUUGAAUCUCAUAAAGUUCUUCAAAUUGUGGAACUUGGAAAGGUUUUGGUCACUAUAGAACGUGAAAACUUGCAGGACGCUGUGGUAUGGAAUCCAUGGAUCAAAAAGUCAGAAGGAAUGGCAGAUUUCUUGCCUAAGAAUGGUUACUUGAACAUGUUGUGUAUUGAGCCCGGUCAUGUUUCAGACUUUGUCAAUUUGGCACCCGGAAAGAAAUGGAAAGGAGCGCAAAAGACCACUGUUGGAGGAGAAAUCAAGGUACAGACCAAUAUAUAUUAG